AUGCGCAUCUCGAUCGCUGCAACGCUCUUGGCGCUCUCUAGCGCUGCCUCCGCCGCUACGCAAUGGAGCUUCACCGACGGGUCCGUGACUGUCGCUGCCAAGGGCGGCGAGGGCGUCACUGAAAAGUUUUCCGCCGCCUCCCGCGCCAAGAAUCAGGUCGAUCUGGGCCACACCGGCUCGCUGAAGCUGUCCCUCACGGCCGAGGAGGGCGGCAAGGCCAAGCGCCCGCACCAGGCGUUCCUUGUCCUCCGCGAGGCGGCAUCCGGGCUCGAGGCGCCGUUCCCUCUGACGAUCAAGGAGUCGGGAAAGGGAAGUGUCAAGCUGACGCAAAAGGAUCUCCCUGUCCAACUCCUCCACUCGGCCGCGCCUUUAGAGGCCAAGAUUGUGCUGGGCUCGUUCGGCUCCUCCAAGGCCAUCGUGGCCUCCGUGUUUGACAUUCAGGUCGUCCGCGACCCCAACAGCGCCAACACCUACGAAUCGCCUCUGCGGUACGGAAAGCGCCCCGAGAUUCACCACAUCUUCCGCGCGGACCCGAAGAACCCGCCCAAGAUUAUCUCGCUCGCCUUUGCCGCCGCAGUUUUGGCCGCGAUCCCAGUCCUAUUUAUCAGUUGGCUUGCUCUCGGUGCGAAUGUCAGCCACGCUGGGAAGGCCCUGAGCGCCGCCCCCAUCUCGCACGCCGUGUUCUACGGCUCCAUCCUGGCGAUGGAGGGCGUCUUCUUCCUGUACUACAGCAGCUGGAACCUCUUCCAGACCCUGCCGGCGAUUGCCGUCGUGGGCGUGGUUGCGUUCCUGAGCGGUAACAGCGCGCUGGGCGAAGUUCAGCAGCGCCGUCUAGCAGGCGAGAGAUAG